AUGAUUAGCUGUUAAUAAAAUUAUCAAAACAUCAAGUAAAAUGAAGAUGAAACUAUUAAUAAUAAAAUUGAUAUUAUCAAUUAGUUAUUUAAGUAGAUGAAUUUAAAAAAAAAGGAAGAAAUUAAGGAAACUACUCAUACAAGAAAUAUUACAUCUGAUUCAAUUGAAAUACCAAUCUAUGAAGUUCCAGUUAAACCUUAAUAGUUAAAUAAAACAUCUUCUGAGUUUUAAUCUUAUCUAAAGAGAAAAUAAUAAGCUAAGACUAUUGACAGAGUUUCUGAAUUUAACAAUUAAGAGAAUUAAAUAGAAAAAGAUGAGGAUUUAUUAACAGAAAUUCGUCCUUUUUGUGAUUAAAAUAGAAAUACUUUAAGAGAAUAUUCUUUUAAGCCUAAUUGUGCCUUAUAAUAACAUUAAAGCAAUCAUACUUUAAAACUAAGCACUAUUUAAUCACAUUAAUAGUCAUGUAGUUAAUUAAGAAAUAAGACUGAUAAUACAAUUGAUAUGAAUAGUCAUAAACAUUAGUUAUGUAAAAAUAUGUCACAUAGAGAUAUGAAUAAGGCUUAAAAAAAUAAAUAGAUUAUUGAAUAAGCAUAUGAAACAUUUGUAGAAAAAAAACCUGCUAGUAAAUCUCCUGGUAUUAAAUAAUAAUAGCAAUUGAAUCUUUUAAAGAAUAAUUUUAAGCAUAAAAUUAAUUAACUACUGUCUACUACUCCAGAAAAAAAAUUUAGAUUGCAAGCAACAAUCAAAAAAAAUUACUUCAUUAAUUGA